GGCUGCAAGCUCAGAGCGUCUUGGUCAAUGACUCCGUCUCGGGGUUCAUCGGCACAGACGUGGUGCUGCACUGCAGCUUCACCAACCCGCUGCCCAUCGUGAAGAUCACGCAGGUGACGUGGCAGAAGGCCACCAACGGCACCAAGCAGAAUGUGGCCAUCUACAACCCCGCCAUGGGCGUGUCCAUCCUGUCCCCCUACAAGGAGAGGGUGACUUUCCGCAACCCUUCCUUCAAGGAUGGCACCAUCCAGCUGUCCCGGCUGGAGCUGGACGAUGAGGGCGUUUACAUCUGUGAGUUUGCCACCUUCCCCACCGGCAACCGGGAAGGGCAGCUGAACCUCACCGUGCUGGCCAAGCCCACCAACUGGAUGGAGGGCACCAAGAGGCCUCUAAUCGCCAAGUCUGGCAGGACAGAGAAGAUCUUGGUGGCCACCUGCACCUCCUCCAACGGGAAACCCCCCAGCACCGUCACCUGGGACACGAAGCUGAAGGGGGAGGCGGAGUUCCAGGAGAUCCGGAACAGCAACGGCACCAUCACGGUGAUCAGCCGGUACCGGCUGGUGCCGAGCCGCGAGGCGCACCGCCAGCAGCUCAUGUGCGUGGUCAACUACCAGCUGGAGAGGUUCACCGACAGCAUCACCCUCAACGUGCAGUAUGAGCCAGAAGUCACCAUCGAGGGCUUUGAUGGCAACUGGUUCCUGAACCGCAAGGAUGUGAAGCUGAUCUGCAAGUCUGAUGCCAACCCCCCAGCUCACACCUACGAAUGGAAGCUGCCAAACGGGACCCUGCCAGGGAGUGUGGAAAUCCAGAACAACACCAUCUACUUCAAAGGGCCCGUGUCCUACAGCGUGGCUGGCACCUACGUCUGCGAGGCCACCAACGCCAUCGGGACACGCUCGGGCCUGGUGGAGGUCAAUGUCACAGAAUUUCCCUACACCCCGUCUCCAAUCGAUGAUCACAAAUCCAUGGUGCAGCCGAACAUCCCCACACCGGUGAUUGGGGGCAUAGUGGGAGGCGUCUCGCUGGUCCUGCUGGUGGCCGUGGUGCUCUUUGUGGUACUCCGGCGCCGGCGUCACACCUUCAAGGGUGACUACAGCACAAAGAAGCACGUGUACGGCAACGGCUACAGCAAGGCUGGCAUCCCACAGCACCACCCCCCCAUGGCCCAGAACCUGCAGUACCCCGACGACUCGGACGACGAGAAGAAGCCGGGCCCCUUGGGCGGCAGCACCUACGAGGACGAGGAUGAGGAUGCCGGAGGAGAGCGCAAGCUGGGCGGCCCCAAAGCCUACGAGGAGGAUGCCAAGAGGCCUUACUUCACCGUGGACGAGGGCGAGGCCCACCCCGAACCUUACGACGAGAGGACACUCGGCUUCCAGUACGACCCCGAGCAGCUCGACCUGGCCGACAACAUGGUGUCGCAGACCGACGGCUCUUUUAUUUCCAAAAAGGAGUGGUACGUGUAGCUCCACGCCCCUCUGCUACACUCACACACGCUCACACACACUCACCAACGCUCACCAACGAUGCCCUCCCUCCCCUGCAUCCCUCCCGCGCACGCCCCGGCCCCGCACAGACUUUUUGGAUGCUGGGGGCCAGCGGGGAGGGAGGGUGGCUUUGCUUACGGAUCAUUUUUUGGGGAGGGGGGGCGGGGCUCGUGCGGGAGGGCGGGCGGGAGGUCGGGUAAUUAUUUUCUCUCGGUUUUGGUUUUUGGCUUUUUUAAUUUCUCUCUUCGACGACUUUCGUCCCCUUCUGUGGUGUUUGUAUUGGUCGGUGGCUUAGGUGUUACUCUUUGCUUUAACGACUGUUGCCCAGCCUGUAUAUUACACUCUGUUUGUGUCUUCAUGUCUCAGAGUGCCCUUCCCUCCCCGAGGCUUCCUCCUCCCGCUCCCACCUCCCCUGAAACACUGGAAAUUUGUUUGUAUGUUGUCUUCUUUGUUUGUUUUUUAACCCUGGGAGGGGGGCAGGUGGGCUGUCCGUAGGACAGAGCCAGGAGAGUUUUAUGGCAAUGGAAACAUAGGUGCCAUUAUCAGGUGAAUGGAUUUUGGGUUUUUUUUCCCCUAAUCACUUUUUUUUUUUUUUUGGUGGGGUCUGGGUGACAUUCCCAUUGCCUGCUGCACGCCUGGAGAGAACCACACUCAGUUUUUAAUGACUCAAUAAAAGGAAAAUGAGGAGAAAGGGGGGAAAAAACACCCUAGACUAAACCCCAGGUGUAGGGGCUGAUAGCAGAGCAGGGAAACAAAACUGCCAUUUUCCUCCUACGAUUUAUUAUCGCCUGGCUUUUCAUUUCUCCGUCUUUGUUUGAGUGUUCUUUUAAACGAAAGAAAAGGAGUAUUUAUUGCUGACACUUUUCCCCCCGUGAUGGCUCAGAGAAAGGCUGGCUGUUUUUGUUCUUGUUGCUGUUGUCAUUGCUGGUACCAGCCACAGAGCAGUUCACUGGGGCACCCCUGUGCCGGGCACAUCCACUGGGGAAGGGACCAACUGAGGACACUUUGCUUCCACACAUCCACUGCCUUCAGCCAUGCUCUGCACACCCAGGCAGGGCAGGACCAGCCCCUGUGGUUUAUUUUAUUAUACCACUAAGACUUAAUUGUCAUGUGUUUACACUUAAUUUUUUAUUUUGGUCAGAGCACGGGGGUGCUCCUCUCUCUCUCUCUCUCUAUCUCUCUCUCUCUCCUAGCAACAACCCCAGCCCGUGGCUGCACCACGUAGGUGGCAUUGAUUGCCACUUUUCCAAUCUCACAUCCCUCUCCUGAGCACAGCCUUGGCAGACAGGGUAGGAGGGAUUGAGCCUGGGGUAUUGAUCUUUCCCUCCUUGCCUUGAGCCACGCCGUUGUGCUGGGGAGGUUUGGAUUGCUGCUAUCUCUGCUCUGUGAAUAAAUGGGAUUCCAGACUUCAGGGCCCUCUGUCUCACACCGACCAUCUCCAAAUUAGAUUCACUGGGUUGGGGCUUAUUUUUCUUCUCGUGGGUUAUAUUUUUUUUUUAAAUUCCAUGUAUAAAUAAAUCUUUUGUUUGAAAAGAAAUCCCCAGUUUUCUGAGCUGUAUUAUCAUGCACAUCUAAAAAUAGCAGGACUAAUUCUCCUCCUGCCUUACCCGCUGGGUUUUGUUCCACAGCAGUUAUCCUGCUGCAGAAAGGGAGGAGGCUGGAGAGGCAGACCCACACAGAUGAGUCAAGGUCAGAUCUCUGAUCCAGGCAGCCUCCAAAGCUUUCCUUUCCUGUGAGGUGCUCGCUGCAGACCACAGCCUGAGCCCUCCCCAGCGUGCCCUGAUUGCAUUAGUGGGGUAGGGCAGUGGGCAAUCCAAUUGUAGGGCUGUAAUCUCUCUGCUGUUCCUGCCAGCCCCUCAGGCUUCCUGGCUCCUGGCACCGCAGCCACAUGCCACAGGAAGGCUGCUCUGUGUCCUCUCCGAGCCAGAGCAGGCAGAGAUUCCCUGGACAGCCACAGGAAGGCUGCUCUGUGUCCUUUCAGGCCCUGGGCAUGCAGAGAUUCCCUGGAUACCCACAGGAAGGCUGCUCUGUGUCCUUUCAGAGCAGGGCAUGCAGAGAUUCCUUGGACACCCACAUGCCUGCUCUGUGUCCUCUCAGAGCAGGACAGGCAGAGAUUCCCUCGGGAUCCCUCAGACUCAACCACCCCACUGCCACCAGCAGCACCCUGCUAACAGGAAAGCCCCCAAUAAAGGGAAUAAAAACCUCUUAACAUCUCUCCAAAGCUCUGAUUAGUGAUGAUUAGGGAUAGGAAUGACUUCCCUCCAGUGCCUUGGGAGAGCAGCGCACACAGGGCUUUGAUUUCCCCCAGAGGGAGAGCUGUAAUCUGGCUCAGUGUGCGGUGCAGGGAGAAUUCCCAACAAAGUCCAGCUCUGGAGUGAAUAAUCCUUCAGAUCUGAGCCCCUGGGGACAGGAUGGUGACAGUGCCACACCAGGCUCUGGGCAGGCACCAGCAGGCACCUGUGAGAUCAGUGGCACAGAGCCUGCCCUGCAGAUUUCCCUCUGAGGGGGUGGCUUUGCAAGAAAACAAUCUUUUAUAUAAAAUCUGGAGUUUUCAGCAGUGAUUCUUCACAUUGAGGCCACUGCUCAGGUCUGGGAAAUUCCCACCAGGCUGACCUCACAGCUCUGUGUCCUAAAGAACAAAGGUGCCAAGGCUGACAUGAGGGUCUGGGAGAGGUCAGGGCUGCUCCCAAAUUUAGGGAUGAGGAAAAGAACCAUAAGAAAUCUGCUUUGGGGGUUAUUAGCUUGCCUUUGAAGGUGUCACUUUUGGAGCUGCAGCCUCCUUGGAUUAUUUAUUGCCCAUUCACACACUGUUCACUGAGUGAGGCUCAAAACCCCAGUGGGAGCCAGGGAAAGGGAAGGAGGGAGUGGAGCAAUGUGGGAUUUCCAAGCCAGAUCCUGCGCACCAUUCCCUUCCUGCUACAGCACUUUUCCCUGCCCUUUUUGCACCAGCCCAAAUUUAGGACUUAGCUCAGCCACUUACCUGCUCAGAGUGGUUCAGAAAAGGGGUCAGAUGUUCAUUUUUCAUCCAGAACCUGCAGUGGAAGAUCCUUAGACAGCGUUGCCUGGCACAGCAGCGAGGCACCCUGCGAGUUCAAGGCUCAGUGCUGCGUUUCUCUCAUCCUUGAGCUCCUCAGCAUUGCUCCCCUGGUGCAAUUAUCACCUCAGCCAUGGAGAAAUGCCACCUCUGUGCUGUCAUUUGCUUCUUGCUGUCCCUUGCAAGGUCAGCUAGAUGGCCAGGAGACUCUUGGGGGGGUAAUUAGCCGAGUGAUUAGCCAUUAAUCCAUAGCAAGGUGGAAGAGAAAAGAAGUGUGGGGGCAGAAAAUCAGAUUGAUGCUUCAUCUGAGAGCUGUUUUUGGUCCAGUAAUAGCAUCACUGCCUUCUCUGGGUUAAAUUGCUCUGAGGGGACCCUUGGAGGGAAUUAGAUGAGUUUUUCCAGCAUCCUCAAGCAGAAAGUGAUCCCUGUUCCCACCUGAGCACAGGGGUGAGCUCAGGGCAGAGGCCAAAGUGAAGAACCACGUGCAUCCUGCAGGGAGGGAAUGGGCUGGGGCUGUGCAGGGCCAGCCUGGGCUGCUCUGGGCUCUGCUGAUGGUGUCACCUGUCCCUUUGUGCCCCAAUGUCCCUCAGAGGGCAGAUUCUGCCAGCCUGGAGUGCCACACAUGAGCUGGGCCACCUCUGUGGGACCCUCAAGUGAAAAAUCCCCUGCUUCUCCCACUCCACUUCCAUCAGAGGUGCACAGGAGCUGGAAAAUGCCCCUGGGACCUGGAAAGGAGCGAGUGGGAGCUUCCAGCUGGGACAGGGAAGCUGUCCUCUCCAUCUGGUGCUAGGGAGCUGCUGCUGGGCAGGAAAUGUCCCAUUUCACACCAGUCCCAAACUGGUGUGGCCCCUCGAGUUGGGUUUGUGCCUGGGAAACGCCUUCACCCUGCUGGGGCUGGGGUCAGUGCCUCAUCCCCUCCCCUGGCAGGGAUCCCUGGCCAGGAACAGACACAUCAGCCUGGUGCUUUUCCCUUUUCCCUUUUCCUUUUUCCCUUUUCCCUUUUCCCAGCCUCAUCCUGGAUAACAAAUCCUUUGGUACCUCAGGGUGGGUGGGGAGGCUGAGCAGGCAGUGGGAGAGGUCAGUGACCCAAAAUUCAGGUGAAUUUGGGCCAGUCCCCCAUUUCCUUCCCAGAGUGAAUUCAGGGAGCUGUGCAAGCAAACAGAGCUGUGUCACAGCCCACAACGAGCCUGUGCUUUAUGUACAAAGCCACCCCAGCUGUUUCCCUGCUGGGGCUUUUCUCUAGGAUUAUUCAUUGCAAUUCACCCUGGUGAUGUUAUUUUCCCUUAUUUAAUUACUAGGUUUGUUGAUUUUUUUUUUUCCCCAGUGUUAAAUCAUUUUCAUUCAAGCAAGGGAAAAAAAAAAACCCAACCUGAAGAUUUCCUCAUGAAAUAAAUCAACAAACUGAGAUGGUUGCACCAAAUUGACUGCAAACACAUGAGGGACAAAGGGAGCCAUUUUCCUGAUGUUGAGUCAAAAAGAAACACAGCAACAGUUCAGCAAAAAUCAGGGAGGGCUGGGGAGAGAGAGACUCCAAAGAUUGAUCUGAGGCAAUCAGAGCAGGGAGUGUGAUUGGAGCGGGGCUGCUGCUCUGCUUGGCUCUUUGCCCUGCACAAGCUCACACAUGCACACACACACAGAGACUUUUGGGGGUUGGGGAGCAGAUUUAAGUGGAGGGAAAAACCCCAUUGCCCUUGUGAGGCUCAGCUGUGUCACUCCUGCAGGGUCUGAGCUUCCCAGUGUGGAAAUGGGGUUAAUCCCAGCAGGUUAAAACCCAGAAAGAAAGAAACUUUUAAAAGAAACUUUUAGGUUUCCCUCCAGCUCUGCUGUUGCAGUUUGGGGUCUGUGGGGCCAGGGGACACUGCCAGCAUCAUCAUGCUGCCUGUUCUUUACUGAUGAGCUGUGGAGCAGCCCCUCACCCUGCACUCCCUCCAUCCCCUUCACCCCAAGGGAACCUGCUGCCGCUUUGGGCUUUUCCCUGGGCUGAGCAGGGGAACCCUUGGAGGAUCCCCCUUGGAGAGUGGGAAGGUUCUGGGUCCUUCCCAUCCAUCCCAAACUCACCCAGAGCGGGGCCAAGGGCAGAGGGGCUGGGGGAGAGCAGGGAGGGCUCAGCCCAUCAGAGGGAAGGAAAGACAAAGCCAAGCCUAAAGCUGAGCUUGGAUUUGGGACUGGGGAUUCUCCCUGGGUGAAUGUGAGGAGCACACAGGGUCAGAUCCUCUGCUCUUGGUGGAGGGACUCUCCUUGAGGGUCUGGAUUUUCUUUUCUUUGGCCUUUCUCUUUUUUUUAACAUGAUUCCUCAGCUCCAGUGGUUUUAUCUCUCUUUUUCUUCGUCCUCUGGCUGUAAUGAUCAUUGUGGAGUUCAAACUGCAGACAGACAAACAAACAACCCCAACCCCACUUUUUUUUUUCUUUUAUUUCUUUUUUUUUCUUUUAUUUUUUUUUUCUUUUUUUAUUUUGUAAUCUGUGUUGUGCUUUUUGUAAAAAAUAAAAAAUAAAAAUAAUAAUAAUAAUGUAAUGGACUUUCAUGAUUUGGGUUUGGGGUUUUUUUCUGGGUUUUUUGUUUUCUUUUUUUUUUAAGAUUUUUUGUUUUGUUUCUGUUUUUGUUUUUGUUUUGUUUUCCAUCCUUUGUAAUUUGUUCAUUUUGAGUCCUGGGUUGGGGAGGGGGGGAUAUUUUCAUGGUUAUAAUUUGUGUGGGUGGGGUGUUGCAUCACCCUUCCUUUUACUUGUAUAAAAAAAAACCAAUAGUGGCUGAGCUGUGGAAAAAAAAAUGUACUUUUUUAUAAAUAAAGAAUUUUAAAA